UUAAAAUGGUGUCAUCUUCUAUCACAAAACUUUUUCUAUCAUCAUUCAUUCUUUGCAUUUUCUUGCAAGAACAAUCCUAUGCCCUUAGAAAGACCUAUAUUGUAUACUUGGGAGGACAUUCUCAUGGUCCAAAUCCUUCCCUUGGUGAUCUUGAGUUAGCCACAAAUUCACAUUAUGAUUUACUCGCUUCAAUCUUAGGAAGUCAUGAGAAGGCAAAGGAAGCAACUAUGUAUUCUUAUAAUAAGCACAUAAAUGGCUUUGCUGCACUACUUGAAGAUGAAGAAGCAUCAAAGAUUGCAAAGUACCCAAAUGUAGUAUCUGUUUUCUUGAGCAAAGAAUAUAAAUUGCACACUACAAGGUCAUGGGAUUUUCUUGGACUAGAAAAAGAUGGAGGAAUUUCUCUUGACUCUGCUUGGUGGAAGGCAAGAUUUGGAGAAGAUACAAUCAUAGCUAAUAUAGAUUCGGGUGUUUGGCCUGAACAUGAAAGUUUCAGUAGCACUGGAUAUGGUCCAAUUCCAUCUAAGUGGCGUGGGAAUGGGGUCUGUGACAUUGAUAAUUUUACUACUUCAAUUACACCAACAUUCUGCAACAGGAAGCUAAUUGGAGCAAGGAUAUUUAGCAAAAACUACGAAGCAAAAUUUGGCAAACUUGAUCCCUUAAACCUCACGGCACGUGACUUUGUUGGCCAUGGUACACAUACAUUAUCAACAGCCGCAGGUAAUUUUUCACCUGAUGUAACAAUAUUUGGCAAUGGCAAUGGAACUGCAAAGGGUGGAUCUCCAAGAGCACGUGUGGCAGUUUAUAAAGUGUGUUGGUCAAAUACUGAUACGGGUGGAUGUCAUGAAGCUGAUAUUCUAGAAGCAUUUGAUAAUGCUAUAUAUGAUGGUGUAGAUGUUAUCUCAAGCUCUUUGGGUGGAUCUGAUCCAUAUAUUGAAGCUUUUUUCACUGAUGGAAUUUCUAUUGGGUCUUUUCAUGCUGUUGCUAAGAAUGUUGUUGUUGUUUGCUCUGCUGGGAAUGAUGGACCAUCUCAUAGAAGUGUAACAAAUGUUGCACCUUGGUCUUUCACUGUUGCUGCUAGUACAAUUGAUAGAGAUUUUGUUAGUCAAAUUUCUAUUGGCAACAAAGAUUCCAUUAAGGGUGCCAGUCUUAAUAAAGGCUUACCAUCAGGUCCAUCAAAGAAAUUUUAUCCAAUGAUUCAUGCCAUCGAUGCUAGAUUUCCUAAUGCCACAAUUCAAAAUGCCCGUUAUUGCAAGCCUAAAACACUUGAUCCUGCAAAAGUAAAAGGAAAGAUAUUAGUAUGCAUUCGACUUGAGGGAACAACAUCAGUUGCACAAGGGUAUGAAGCUUCAAUUGCAGGGGCAGUGGCAGUGUUUGUGAUUAAUGAUGAGAAAAGUGGAAGUAUACUUUUAGCUGAGCCUCAUCCUUUACCUGGUGCUAGUAUGGAUGCCAAUGAGGAUAUUGAUAUUGAUGAGCGUGAAUGGUUUGGAAAAGGUGGUACUGACGUAAACAUUACUAGGAAAAUGGUUGCUUACUUGUCUGAUGCAACAACAAAUACAGGAACAAAGCCAGCUCCAAUUAUGGCUGGAUUUUCGUCAAGGGGUCCUAGUGCUGUGCAACCAUUGAUACUCAAGCCUGACAUAACUGCUCCUGGAGUGAACAUAUUAGCAGCCUAUUCACUAGCUGUUGGUCCAUCUAAUCUAGCACAGGAUACACGUCGACUUCCUUACAAUGUGCAACAAGGAACUUCUAUGUCUUGUCCUCAUGUUGCUGGUAUUGUUGGUCUUCUCAAGACACUUUAUCCUGAAUGGAGUCCAGCAGCUAUUAAAUCAGCUAUCAUGACGACUGCUACCACACUAGAUAACACCAAUCAACCGAUUAAGGACGCAUUUGAUCAGAUAGCAACUCCAUUUGAAUAUGGUUCUGGACAUAUCCAACCUAAUCUUGCAAUGGCUCCUGGACUUGUUUAUGAUCUAACCACAACUGAUUACUUAAACUUCAUAUGUGCUUCUGAUCACAAUCAAAAUUUACUAAAUAUUUUUAGUAAUAACUCAUACACUUGUCCAGAGUAUUACAACAUUGAAAAUCUCAACUAUCCCUCAAUUACUGUAACUAGUCGAGGAAUGGAGCCUAUAUAUGUUACUCGUACAGUUACAAAUGUUGGGUCUCCAAGCACAUAUGUUGUGCAAACUCAAUUUGAGGAAUUUAAGGUUUAUGUUCAACCAAGUUCAUUGACUUUUAACGAAAUUGGAGAAAAGAAGACUUUUCAGGUAAUUCUUGAGCCAACAAAUGUCUCUUUUCAUGGUUUUGCAGUCUUUGGCAAAUUGAUUUGGACAAAUGGAAACCAUAUAGUAACCAGUCCUAUUGUAGUCCUUAAAAAUUAGAAAUCUCUUUGAGGAAAAUUAUGUUUUCAUUAUCAUCUAAGUAUGUGUUUGUGUUUAUUAGGUUAUCUAGUUGUUUGUGUGUUUUAGUGUCAGCUGUAUUGAACAUUGUUAUGUUGGAACUAUGUUUUGUAAUCGGCACUCUAAUCAUCAUGUAUGGAACUUUAUUUUU